GCCUUUAUUGUACUAUAAAUGAUGACACGAAGCUGAUGCGUCGACAUGAUUCUUUAUUCACCAGCAACAACAAAAGGAAAGUACUAAAACCUUAAAGUAACCCAACCCAGAGUCGAUUGCAUCAACAUGAUCAAAUAAAUGAACACUUGUAUUCGGAUACUAAUCAUUCGGAAAGUAUCCUUCUCGAAGGCCUUUUCGACUAUUUAUGGCUUAUCAAUACGAUCUCAUCAGUUUGCUUCACAGCCUUUGCAAACAUGGUUGAUAAAAUGAUAAUCAGUCUGGUAUCAUCUUAAUCUUGGCAUGAACAACUCUCGAGUGUGCCCUUGUAGUUGCAUCGUCUGUAAUUUCCAGAGAAGAAGUGACCGGAAGACACACAGGUAUUCAUUCUCUUCUGUAUACAGCUGAUGGUAAUGAUCAAAUGGUGUAAAGAAAAAUCGACAAGUUGGAUAAAUACCUAUAGAUGAGCAGGAUCAAUGAUAUGUGCUUUUCUGUCAGUGAAGGGGAGAUUAGUUCCGCAUAAAGGCAAAAAUCCUCGUUGAUAUACGACUAUGGGGAAAACCCGUUGUUUCCUUUCUCACAACCAAAUGACUUUACAAUUAAGCUCAGUCUACGUCCGGGGAGAAAAAUAAAGUUAUAGAAUGAGUAAUUUUUUUUACUCGUAUUUUCUAUGUAGGCCUAUAUUUCAGAUGCUAAUGAAAAAUAGUUUUGCGUGAUUUUUCGGUGAACAUGCCAGCAUAAUCAGUGCGAUGGAGUCUUCGACGGUGAAUGACUCCGAGUACUUUUUUUAUGGGGACGCUAGCUUGAAUUCCUCAGCAUCAACGCCAUCUUCUCAAAUUAUCCUUGGACCUUUGCAGCCCAAUGUUGCACAGGCGAUCGCUUUUGCGUGUUCUACUUUUCUCAUUAUUACAUCGAACACUCUAACGCUAAUGGUUCUUCAUCUGAAGCCGUCCUGUUUUGAAGAGAUCCCUCGCCUUAUAUUCCAGGCACUAGCCGUUACCGAUCUUCUCACGGGUUUGUUCUGUUGCUUCUUCAGCUUCCUGUUUUCCUGCGCUCCGCAACUACAGAACACAGUGACCUGUAUAAUACGAACAAUGGCCUGCACGGGAUGUCUGAACCAAUCAGCUCUAACAAUGGCAUUUGCAACCGUUGACCGUUACCUAGCCAUCACUAAACCGCUGCGGUAUACUUCAAUCAUGACGACAGUGCGCGCACGAUACGUUCUCUCCGUUCUUGCCUUUAUAUCCAUUGGCAACGCCAUUUUCACCAAUGUUGGAGCCGAUUUCACGUCCACUAAAAGGACGUGCGUUUCAGACUUUUCAGCAGUUGGAAUCGGCAUAUCUUUUCGACCAUCGCUCGUCGUCAUCCUCCUUAUAUUCUACGGUAGCCUUUCGAUCUCGACAUUCGCCAACUAUAACGUCGUGCGUAUAGCUCUUCGUCAUUCAAGGAGUCUUGGUAACGAGUCUUCACUUCGACAAAAUGGAAACAUGCAGGGUGGCACCUCGAGUUCCACUGAUGGUCCGUCCAACAUGAUACCGUAUUUACCACAACCUGUUCGUGCUAACCGCAUCAAGAUAAGGAGUCUUUGGACCGUGGUUAUGGCUACGAUAUCGUUCUACAUCUUGGUGAUGCCUUGGAACAUCAUGGCAUCACUUCACUUCGCCCACCACGUCCAGAUCCCCCAUUCUCUAAGGAUCGCAGCUGCCUAUCUCCUAAUAAACAAUUCUUGGUGGAACACAGUGAUUUAUUCUCUUUUGAACACAACCUUUCGACGCGCCCUUGGCAAAACACUUAUCCGGGUAUUUGGUCGUACCACGUCUGAUGUCAGCUUUGAGUCGACAAUAGCCGCGACGGAUGGAUAAAUAUGUACAUUUCUCUGUAACUCCAAUCUCAAACCUAUGUCCCGAUCUUUGCCUCUGGUGGCAAGGAGUAAUUAAAUGUGUGCUAUUAUUUCAGAACGAAGUUUUAGAACUACAAUUCCUUGUUUGAGAGCAUGUAGUGUCCUAAUUCUUUACACUCCCCCUGUCAUACGUGUACUUGCAUUGCACUCAUCCACUUCAGCUUUGUUCAGUUAUUUUAUCAUACAUGGCCAUGCAUUUAUCAUCCAUGAAAUCAAAUACUGCUUAUACUCCAUUUACGUUCCUUUGAUGUAAAUGUACAGUUCGUUGGACCAGCGUCAUACAAUCCUCGCUUCUUAGCUGGUCUCUUUUUAGUUUUUUUUUCUCCAAGCAUAUGUACAUGUACAACUAUUCACGUUUUUUUUAAGGUUUGGUUUAUCUAUUGUGUUUGUUUAUUGUAUAUUGCUUGUCAUUACCAAUUUUCAAGUGUAAGCGCUUUUUAUGAUUGAUUUUGUACUUUUAUUUUUUAUUCUGAUUUGUAUGUUGAAAGAAAUGAAGGCCUAUAUAGAAAUGAAAUAGUCAAAUAUAAAUUAAAAAAUUAAAAAAGCACUAGUCCUGGUAGAAGCAUGCCCUUGACACCGAACCCCUUGAACGUAUAACGAUAUCUUGUACAAUAUAAGACUCAGUGGCACUGUUCUAUUUUUUUCUUUCUGUGCUAUAAAGUUUAUUUUUAUCAAGAUAAAUUCAUAGGUUAUGAAUAUUAUCAAGAUCACCAUCUUGGCCUAUGGACGUUUAAAUCAUUCUAUAUUUUUACCUUGUUGCGAAGGAAGGGCGAGUUUAAGAACUGUCACUUUCUGUCUUAAAAGCGACAUAAAUGAGAACAUGGUAGUUAACUCCUACAUUAAACAACAGGAAUAAAUGAAUUAAUAUAGUUGGUAAAAAUAUUACUUUUUGAAAGAUUUACUGAUCUUAAUCUCAGAAUAAAUGACUUCUUAAUAUAAAAAUGAUCAACCUAUGAUUUCAACCUAUAUAGCCUACGUCAGCCGUCCAGAAAUUGAUCUGAAGAUUCUCUUGACUAUUAUUUUUAGUAUACACCAAUGCACAUUUACUGCUCACUUUUACAUGCAAAACAUCCAUGCCAUUAUGAAUCGCGUGACAUUUCGUCAAGUUUUAUCUUUCAUAUUUUGCAGAUUGGUGAGAGGAUUUGAUGUUUAGCCAUGCUUGUUUGAGGCAUUUCACUUUUUUCAUUUUGACCAACUUGACACAGCGCGUUUGUGGAUUUUUAAUUCUCCUGUACUCAAGUAUACGUGACCACAGUGGCGUAACUACGGGGGAGGGGGGAUGGGGACACGUGCCCCCCCCCCCCCAAUCGGCUGACC